AGUAGAGACAUCUGCAUUUAGUCAGCCAAAUCUUUUCUAAAUCUUAUUUUAAAAGGCUGCUGGCAAUGUAUUCUUGUCUGAUUUUUUUAUUAUUUUUUUCCCAGAAAAGCACAGUAACCAUUAUGAAGACAAAUGUGAAAACAAGCAGAGGAAAAUAAUAAAAGAGAUGCAGACAGUGCCCCUAAAAAUUUGGGUUAUUAAUACCUGAACAAUUUUUUACUAUAUGUUGUUGAUACGAGGAUAAACAAUUGUAAUGAACAGAAAUAUCUUUAUGCUGGAGAUCAAGAGAGGGGAGGACUCCUUAUAAGGAGGAGAGAGAGUGACUUUUCACAUGGUCUGACAGUGAUAGCAAAAGGGGGGAAUGGUUUUAAACUAAAAGAGGGGAGAUUAGGAUCACUUUUAGGGGGAAUUUCUUUGCUGAGAGGGUGGUGAAGCAUGGCACAGGCUGCCCAGAGAGGCUGUGUAUGCCCCAUCCCCGGAGCUGUUCAAGGCCAGGUUAGCAAUCUGAUGCCUGAUUAAGUGGUUGGCACCCAUGUCCAGGGCAGGGGGUUGGAACUAGGUGAUCUUUGAGGUCCCUUCCAACCCAAGCCAUUCCAUGAUUCUAUGAUUCCACAAAAGGCGUAAGGUUCCAGAGAAGAGUCAUGGAGAUGAAGAAACAUAAGAAAGAGUGUGACAGCUCCAAAGCAGGUGAUAUGCUUCAAAUAGCAAGGGUGGAUGCUGAUGAUGUCAUCACCAAAGAGGAGCAGAUCUUUCUACUGCUAAAAGCCAAGGCCAAGUGCGAGCGACACCUGAAAGCCAAGGUGCCCAAGGUGCAUGAUGGCUUUUGUCUUCCUGAGUGGGAUGGUAUUGUCUGCUGGCCAGAAGGUGUGCCGGGCAAAGUGGUGGCUAUGCCAUGUCCUGAGUACAUCUAUGACUUCAAUCACAAAGGCCAUGCUUAUCGCCGGUGUGACCUGAAUGGAAGCUGGGAACUGGUUCCAGGCAACAACCGUACCUGGGCAAACUACAGUGAAUGUGCCAAGUUCCUCACCAACGAGACAAGGGAGAGGGAGGUCUUUGAUCGCCUCUAUUUGAUUUAUACUGUUGGAUACUCCAUCUCUCUGGGAUCCCUCACAGUUGCUGUCCUUAUCCUGGGAUACUUCAGGCGUUUGCAUUGCACUAGAAACUACAUCCACAUGCACCUGUUUGUCUCCUUCAUGUUGAGAGCUGUGAGCAUCUUCGUGAAGGACGCCGUCUUGUACUCUGGGUCAGCCUUGGAGGAGAUGGAGCGGAUUUCUGAGGAAGACCUGAAAUCCAUAACUGAAGCACCUCCAGCAGAUAAGUCACAGUUUGUGGGUUGCAAAGUAGCAGUUACCUUCUUCCUCUACUUCCUGGCAACCAAUUACUACUGGAUUCUGGUGGAAGGGCUCUAUCUCCACAGCCUCAUCUUCAUGGCUUUUUUCUCAGAGAAGAAGUAUCUCUGGGGAUUCACGUUAUUUGGCUGGGGACUCCCUGCUGUAUUUGUUACAGCGUGGGCCAGCGUGAGAGCCACUCUAGCUGACACAGAGUGUUGGGACUUGAGUGCUGGCAAUUUAAAAUGGAUUAUUCAGGUGCCCAUCCUGGCAGCUAUCGUGGUAAAUUUUAUUCUUUUUAUCAAUAUUAUCAGAGUCCUAGCAACCAAGCUACGGGAAACAAAUGCAGGGAGGUGUGACUCACGACAACAGUACAGGAAGCUGCUGAAAUCUACCCUCGUCCUUAUGCCUCUGUUUGGCGUUCACUAUAUUGUUUUCAUGGCUAUGCCAUACACAGAUGUGUCAGGGAUUCUUUGGCAAGUUCAAAUGCACUAUGAAAUGCUGUUCAACUCUUUCCAGGGAUUUUUUGUUGCCAUCAUAUACUGUUUUUGCAAUGGAGAGGUCCAAGCAGAAAUAAAGAAGUCGUGGAGCAGGUGGACAUUAGCACUUGAUUUUAAAAGGAAAGCACGAAGUGGGAGCACAACCUACAGUUAUGGACCAAUGGUUUCCCACACCAGCAUCACAAAUGUAGCCACGAGGGGGGCACUUGCCCUUCAUCUCAAUACAAGACUUAUACCAGGGACCCUCAAUGGACACCGGAAUUUACCAGGUUAUGUAAAAAAUGGCUCUAUUUCUGAAAACUCUAUGCCUUCUUCUGGACCAGAGCAGUACAACAAAGAUGAAGAGUACCUGAAUGGCUCUGGGCUUUAUGAUGGAGACAGACCCACAGUACUUGUUGAAGAAGAAAGAGAGACAGUGAUGUAAGGAGAAGAAGAGAAGAAACAAAAGGAUGAAAAGGGUUCCAGGAGAGCAUUUAGUGGGCAAAAGAAUAUCAGGCCACACAAUGGAUGCCAAGGGUUUCCAUGCCUUUUCUCUGUUCUGUGGAACGAGAGGUUAAGUUAUAUGGGAAAAAAAAAAAGCCACCAAUGUGGCCAGUGCUUGAUCACACACAUAUAUCCAGUGAUCUAAGUCUCCCCAGUGCUAAUGGAGGCAGGGCUAUCCACAGGCCUUUCUACCUGCUGAACAACAGAGAUACUGAGAGUUUGUGGGGAGGGUUGCACAGCAGCACCUGGUCCUUUCACUUCUUGGAAAACUUGGGCAGCCAAGGAGGAUGGGAAUCUCACCCAGUAAAGCAAGAGUCUGCAGGGAGCAUACGUUGUCACCUUCUUGCAAGGGUACAAACCACCCUGGGCAUCAGUAUCUUUGGUUUGGUUUGCUCUUUCCUUUUUGAAUCUGUCUGGUAACACACAUGAGAAUGACCAAGGCCCUUCAGGUACCGUAGCUGCCCAUUCUUGCAGCCAAGUUCUCAACAUGGACAGCUUGGUACAACUUGGGACAUGUUCUUCCCUUGGGCAUUCUCACUCCUUGGCAAAAAGCUCCUCUGGGAUGGGCAGGUUUAACAGCUCAUGGUCACUAGAUGAAGGCAAAAAACUGCAUUCUUCUUUCCUUGACUUGAGUAUCAUAGCAAGCCAGAAAACAGUGCAAUUUUAAGAUGGGAAAUGCAGUUACCAGAAUGUGUGACAUCUUUAGUGUGACAUUUUCAGUCUUCCAGGUUCAGCAGUAGAGAUGGGCCCACUCUGCCUGCUCCCAGGCAGUUUGAGAUGGGGAAGAGCGUUUGCAGAUCUUCAACUGUGUGUCUUUGUGUGUGUGUGGCUAAAAUCAGCUCAGAAGGUUGCUAUCUCAGCCUCCCUCUUUGUGGAUGCUCAUGGAAACAGACACCAGUAAUGUUCUUAUAAAGUUACACAUUUCUUCUCAUUCUCCCCUCUAAAUUACUUGUUUCUCACUAAUCCAAACACUCAUGAGAUGAAACACAAGAUGCUGGAUACAGUCAGGCAAGCUUGCCUUCAUGAAGUUCAAGGGCAAAAUCUGCUGGGUGUAAGCACAGAGAUGGCUCGUGGACAGUCACCUUCUGAGCUUCUUCUUUCUUUCCCAUUCUUAGUAGUCAAGACAUUCAAAUGAGUCACACAUACAUACAGACAUCUGGACAGCAUCUUAGCUGGUGUGAUUAAGUAUAAUUUCAGCCAAAGUCACCGUUUUUGCCCAGAGAUGCUUAGAAGAGGAAAUAUUGGGAUUGCCUGAGAAGGGAAGAGCAGAAGAAAAUUUAGGUUAGAUGUUCAUAAGAAAAUCUUUAAUCAGAGACUGGAGAGGCACUGGUACAGGCUGCCCAGGGAAGCUGUGGGUGCUCCAUCCCUGGAGGUGCUCAAGGCCAAGCUGGAUGGGGUGCUAGGCAGACUGAGCUGGUGGGGGGCAACCAGUCCAUGGUGGAACUGGAUGGGCUUUAAGGUCCCUUCCAACCCAACCAUUCUAUGAUUCUAUAAAAUGCCUGAUUCCAACAAGAGAGAGAGACCAGAGUAUUUUGUGACUUGCUGGUGGUUUUUUGCAAGGAGAGCCAAAAGGUUGUUUCUUGACACAACUCAUAUCUUCAGCAAUGACAAAGAGAUAUGGCUCUUGUUGGCCAACAGUGUUUUUCCUUCACACUUCAACCAGGUGAGCAGCUAGGAAAAGGUCUCUUCCAGUUCUGAAGCAUGAUUCAGAAUUUCACACUAAUGGGAAAUUAGGAACGGUGUCCGAACUUGUCACUUCCUCAAAGAAAAAACUCUGGUUGAGCUGGCCUGGAUCCUCUCUUCAGCCCAUCCUAUGUCACUAUUCCUUUGCUGCAGUCUGAGAGUCAGACUCUCGUGGUUGUUUUAUUUCUUCUGGACAAGUUUCUAGAAGCUGAAGUAUUUUUUACUUCACCUGGCUGUUACUGAAAUGGAACAGAGAUCAGUCAUUGGGGCAGUUUGCAGAAGUCUUUUAGGAUGCAGGUGGGGCCUAUGGAAUGUCUUACCAUCUAUCCUGAUCCUUUAGGUAUGUCUGCUGUGGCAUACCAACCAGCGCUUCUGAGAUGCAUCCAGUCACUUCACACUGCAAGCUCUGAAUAUUUAUUAAGGACUAAAUUCUCCAAAAUUCUGAAGGAGGUCAGGGUGAGCCUAGAGAUCUUGACUUGUUUUCUGUGUCUCACAUCUUUAGGCAACCUCUCAGGUUGAAGCCCAGUGUAGUAACAAACCUCCUUGCCUUCGCAUCUCGGGGUUUUUGAUUUGGACUUGGUAGGGAGCGUGGUGGCUAAGAGUCAAUCCUCUGCAAGGCACUGAAGCACCUCUCAAACAGCCGCAGACCUACAUGAGCCAGUCUUUAAAAGCCAGUAUUUAUUUGUGAUGUUCAGGUUUUUUUCUUUAUUUUGUAUCAUCAAAAGAACUCAAAACUCCUCAUAACCAUUCAUCACCAAACGGCAGCUAUUGCAACAUUGGGUUUGCAAAGCAUAACCCUUUUUUUUUUUCCUUUUCCUCGUGCUCUCUUAUUGUUCUUGUUGCUUCUAUGAGCAAUAGUAACAAUGCUAACAGUAGUAUUACAGAGAGGUUAAGUAAUCUUGCAAGAGAAGUCAGCUCUAGUGAAAGUUUGGCAUGGAGAGCUCUGCAGAAAUCUGGGUCAGCCCUGCUCUGCUCGCUGCUCGCCUUUUCCUCGCAGACAUUGGCACAGCCUCAGGAGGGAAUCAAAGGGGCAGAAGUUCUUACCAGAGUGUGUACAGCUGUUAUUCAGCAUCCCGUGUGGCUGAGCUGCCAAUGAGAGAGAAACACAUUGAGUAUGCUGGCUCUGGUUUUCUGCCCUUCCAGAAGUACGUUGUGCUUAAAUCAUGCCAAGUAGAUGCAAUGAUCUUCCUUUUUUUUUCUCACUCGGAGGAAUUACUUGGUAUCAUUUCACUGAUGGGACAAAACAAAAAGGCGUACAAAAUAAAAGCCACCAACAAAACACCAAAAACACUAGUGACUCACUGUUUAUUUGUGUUUCUUACAGAGAACUCAAGAUUAAUAUCAUGUUUGGCAAUUGCUUAGCAAAGUUCAGGGAAUUAGCAAAACCCAUAAAACGAGUUAUAAACAAAUUCAAAAUCCCUCAUAAACAGAAAUGCAUUCAUCACUAGAUUGUUGAGAAUAAAUGCUUAAGAACUGAUGUUAAAUGUAGAUAAAAUUUACAUGCACGAGGAACGUGCAUGGGAAGAAAUCUUUUCUUGAUCUUUUCAAAUACUGAUCAUACACAAUAGAUUCUUUUUCCUUGGUGUUUGUGUUCAGGAAAAAUAAAGGGAAAAUGCCUAUACCAUAACAGGGGAAUACUUCUGCUUUUAAAGAUACGGUAGAAUGUAAUGUCAAAGUCUGCUCCUCUCCUGCUGAUUGCAGACUGCACUGUUGGCUGAGUGUAUAGGCUGUGCUGCAUUAGCCAGGGUCCAAGGACAUUCUCUACUUUCUCUUUGAGAAGAAAAGAUUAGACCCAUGGUGCUUUGAAACAGAGAAGAAACCAAAAUUGGCUGUUUUCAUUUGUCCUGGAAGGGCAGAGAGCCACAAUGUUUAGAUAUGGAAUAUGGUCACCUUCACUUUUCUCCUUCACCAGGAGAUGCAGGCACUUGCAAGGACAGGGCUGAGAUCUGUCCCUGUUCUUUACAGGGGAGCUGGACUUAGAUGGCCAAUAAGGGUCCCUUCCAACUCAACUGAUUCUACGGCUCUAUGAUUCCAUGUCAUUUUAUCCCCAUGCAAAGGUCCAAUCCUCUACAGGGUGACAGUUCCCAUCCUUUCUGAUUUACACAUGGGCAGAGAGACAUCCUCAAGCUUACUUCUAGGGGAGGCAAAGGCUUGACAAACCUGGUUGCCUCUGUUUCACCACCUUUCCUUCCUCCAUGGUGUCAGCUUUAUGUCCUUUUCUUCCCUUCCUGUAAACCAGCUGGCAAUAUGCAGGACUGGUUGCCACUGAGAUGCUGGACUUGGGCAGGAAUCUCCCUCUCUGGCGGGUUCAUCUUGUGGUACCCAGCCCUGCACCUCAUCUAUCCCACCCAUAGCAGCUCAGUCUGCUAAUAAUCCUAAUAAUUCUACUUGAUCUACCUCCUUUCUGAAUAGACAUAGAAAUGUUAACGUUUCUUGGACUCGUGUUUCUUAAGGAUGACUUUUGGCAGCUCCUCAUCAUUUCUGCUUUGCCUGCAUUUGUGCAGACAAUUGUUCUUACACCUUCUAUAAACUGUUUUGUCUUAGUUCAGAUGAGAUCAUGUGUUGUCCCCUUCUUCACCAUUCCUCAACUCUGCUGCAUCUUGUCUGAUGCAUAUUAGAGCCAAAUUAGUUGACAAAGUUCUCCCAAAAAUUGAACUGCUCAGCUAGGGACUGGCUUCCUUUAUUUGUUUGUGGGCAAUUGGAUGAAAGCUGCAGAACAUCCACAGAACUGGUAAGAAUUUUUUGUUUUUUAAAGACUGAAAAUACACUAAACAUGAAGAUCUCCAGUUUUUUAUUCCUUUUAUUGUUUGGAUGGAUUCAGUGACUGUCUUAAAAGCUUUUAGAUUUCUGAGUCCAGUCUUUCAAAAAGUUAAGGCACCUCAGUGUGUUUUGUUUUCUUGUUUUUUCACGGGCUAAUUUUUUCUGCAUGACUUCCUCCUAGAAUUCACUGAAAGCUGCAAGUGGGAUUACUGAUAACAAGGACGUCCUCAACUCAUCUGUAUCUCUCACUCUCUUCAGUGUUUCUUUCACUUGAGAUAGGACUGCAUGAAAUAAGAGAAAGCACUUUAAGAGUUGACCUUCAAUGGAGAGGUUGCAUGAACCUGUGAAGUCCUUUCAUAUGCAAUGUUGCUUCUUAUACAACUGUGCAUUUUUCCACCUACUGUUGCCCAUGAGUUUGCCAAAGCCCGUCUGUGCCUUCUCAUAGAAAGUUACGCAGGAGUAUCAUGGUUCACAUCCUCUCUUUUGGGCUUUAUCUGGAUUUUGUGACAUUUUGGCUGUAAGAGGAAGCAAAAGGAAAAUGAUCUGGGGCAGCAUUUUCCAGCCUUUGGGGUUAAGGGUUUGGUGUGUGCCUCCUCAGCCAUGUAGCCUUUGUCACAAAUGGGCAUUGCUCUGGUGGCUGCAAACUGUAAAUCAUUCAGCAUGUAAGGAAGAUUUAUUUUAAGGCCACAAGCAGAUUAAGGAAGGUCUUCACCGUGCCACUUUCCCACUAAGAGCACUUGCUGGGGGAGAAAUCGUGUUGCACUCUCAGGCAAGUCUAGGGAAUUGAUGUAUUUAUUUAUUUUUAAUAUAAUGGAACAGGUUUGAUUUUUUUCUUAUUAUUAUUUUUACUUCUGUUGCUGACGGGUUGCCACAUUCUGCAGCAUAAAUAUAUGGACAUAUAUGAUAUUCCUGGCAAGCUAUGGAGGUGUUCAGGCAUCCAGUGUGACUCUCCAGACAGAGUAGAUUUUAUAUCCCAUUCCUCUAGAGUAUGCUGAAAUGAGAAAAAAUAUUAAACUGUAAAGGAAAUGGGUUUGCAAAAGACCCUAUAAAUAAAUUUCCAUCAUGAUCAGCCAGGGCAGUCUAAAUUUGCCUCAAAAUAUGUUUCAAAAAUGGUGUGAGUAAAAUAAGGGGGAUGUCCAUCUCUGUGGAUGUCCGUUGGAAGGCAGCUCUCCUAUUUUUGCCUACAGAGGAGAGAGGUUGAGCCUAUAGGACAGCAAAUACUGUUGGCCCAAAGGAACGUAUUGUUUUGAGGCAGCAGUUCAUUUGUAUAAAAGUUAUUGGGCUCACCCUGUUCCACUCAAACUAUUUUAAUGGCCUCUCACAAAAUGAAAACUUAAGCUUAGGUCAUAUCUAAGGGUGGGAGAGCAAAAGAAAGCAGAGGUGGGUUGUUGCAAAGACGCAUGAUUAGCUAAAGGAGACUAAAAUAUUGGUGGUUUUUCCAAUAAUGACAUGUUGCCUGGAAAGUCUGAGCCAGAAGUAUUGUUAGUGAGCUUCAUUUAGUGAUUAGCCCAGAGUUUAUUUGGUGUCUGUGUAUGAAGGCUGAUAGUGAGCAGGGGAUCUCCAAACCCUAGUACUUUUUAUUCAGUGCUCGUAAAUAUCUUCACUGACUUCUCCUUGAUUUGUAAGUGCUUCUGAAGAUUUUAGAGCAGAGAUGUACUGAAAGUCCAACAGUUGAAUCUGAGACUGAGACUUGGUCUUCUGUCAGUGCUAGCAGUCCCCCACCUCACCUGUAGCAUUAGGUGGUGGUGCUCCAGAGCAACAGGGGAGAUAGAACCAGCAGCUUUCUUGGAUCUUUGUCACUGCUUCUUCCUAGUGGGUAGAAAAGCCCAAAAGAAGGACAUCUGCUGAUAAUCUCUGCUGAGUGGACACUUCUUCUCUUCUACCCUCAGAUUUUAGGGGCAUGGUUUAUUGGGCAUGAUGGAGAUGGGCUGGUGGUUGGACUAGAUGAUCUUAGAGGUCUUUUCCAACCUUAAUGAUCCCAUGAUUCUAUGAUUCUAAAUUCAGGUUGGCUGGAGUUUUUCUCUACAUUUACUUUCCUUUCUUUCCAACCUGGCCCUAGAAAAAGAAACCCCUAAAACUUAUUUAAAGAAGUCCUUUAAGAAUUUCUUUUUUCCAUUUUUCCUGGAUGCAGAUCCAGGCUUUUUAAUGGCUCGAAGCCAAUCUCAACUCUCAGAAUCAAAACCAAUCUGAAACAUCGGGAUGGGAACAUAAUUUGCUCAGAUCAGCUGUACCACACCCUCAUCGCAUCAUCUCCAUUGCAUUGGGUGCAGAGCAGUGGCACCCUGACAGAGCUGAAACAUUGAUGUGACAAUAUAGUCUUUUAUUUUUGGUGCAUUUUUAAGACAAGUGAACCAAGAGCAAGAACUAGACUAGCUUCCUUUAAGUUUAAGAAUGAUGAUAAACAAGAAAAAAAGUCAUAAUAAGUCAUUCUUUAUUUAUCUCAUCAUGUUCUGUUGAAUGUGCUGAUGGUUACCAUGGAGUAUCUGGUUUUCUGUCUUCUCCUUGGCAGGAGGAGUCCUCUGUGGUGGAGAGAACAGAUAAAACGAGUGGAUAGAGUAAUGUGAAGCCAAUCCCUAGGGCAGGACAGUCAGGAACAGAUCUGAUCUUGAUUUUAUAUUCACUGGCAGAAGGCAGGAGCUGUUCCUCUGAAGUUAAUUGAGUUAACUCGGUCGUAUGCCAAGGCAAAACAGAUCUGAAUCUGGACCACAGUUCAGGAUUCAUUUACAGUUUGCAUAAUGGAAUUAAAAUAAAGCUUCCAACUCUAACUACAGAAGUUGUCUGCUGAGAAUUGGACCCCCAUCUUGCUGUUUGGGAUUAAAUGACACCCAAGACAUCGGCCAUCACACGAAAUAUUGUGUUUUAUCUGUGCCUGCCGAGAUUACUCUAUUCUCCCCACUGUGGUCACUUAGCCAUACUCAGCUGUUUCAGCUGGUAGGGAUUUUUCUUAGCCCCUUCUUUUUUCUUUCUUUUUUUUUUUUUUAAUUCACGUGAAGUUCAAGUUUUCAUGCCAGCUUUCAGGUUUCAGGUAGCCCCACAGUUUCAAAGUUCAAGAUAAUGUCAACAUGUUGCCGGGAUUUGGGAGGCAAGUGGGAAAAAGAAUGUGAGAAGCUAAGGGAAGUCACAGGAGAGCACUGAAAGGACUAUCAAGUAAGGUUCAGUGAAACCUUUCCCACGGACCAGGGGAAGGUUUGCCGACCUCGGCAUAGAAUUUCAGCCUACAACUGAACUCGAUCGUGUUUUGCUCAUUGAAGGUCUUGAGCUGUUCAGUAUGACCUGCAAAGCUCAUACACCGUAUUUCCAUUGUCAAGGGGCUUGUGUUUAGAUCUGACAUGGUUGUUAAAUAUUCCUGUUUAUGAUUAUUUUAAUGUUAAUGCUCUCAUCUGCUCAUGUGAUUUCUGUGUCUUUCUCUAGGUUGGUCCAUUAGUGUUGCUUUGGGGGGCACUUGCAGAACUGUUUCUUGACUUGCCUUUCUCUGGUGUGUACCUAACCAGGACUGCCACCAGGUUGAAUGCAUCAGUACUGAUGGGCAGCAGUGUUGCUUUGAAAGGGAACCAAAGGCAAUAUUUGCAAGAGCACAACAAAUGUUGUCCUUAUUUGGAACAGAUUUGCAAGACUCCAGAGAGGCAGGGCUGGGCUGGAGAUCACCUCAGUCUGGCACACUGCACAGGAGCCAGGAACAAAAGAAAAGGGAAGGAAGAGCUGAACCAGAUGAGCAUCAGUAAUUAAGGAGUCCUAUAAGUUUGUCUUCUUUUCAGGCAGGUCCCCCUAUCCAGCAUAGAUUGAACAGAGCUGGACACUGUUGCAUGAUUAGACUCCCUCGUAAGCAGAAAGUGUAAAGAGCAAAUGAGGGAUUCAACAAAUUCUGUGCAAAUUUCUCUUCCUGAUUCUCACUGGCUCUUUUUCCUUCUUUUUUCCUUUGGGAAAAAAAAAACAACCAACCAACCAAACAAACAAAAAUUAUUGUAAUCUUACCACAAGAACCUGGUUGUCAAACCCAUUUCUCCAGGGUCCCACAGAGAAUCUUCUCUCUUUGACCUUAGGAAUUGUGAUUUUUUUUUUGCAUGUGGACUAAAGAAUGUGAUGGUAUUUGAUUAUAUUCCUCGCUCUGGGCAAACAGCGUGGUGGGUAGCAAGACAGAUGUGCCAGUGUCAACAUGGAAUGAAAUCAUGACAGCGUGAAAACCAACUCCAAGACUUCUAUUGAUUUCCACGGAGUGGGAUUUACUCUUCAAUUCACAGGAGGAAAAAACUUUCAAACAAAUGACCUCACCCCAAGACUUUGCCUACCACACAUAAUUCAGGGUGGCUUUUUGCUUUAAAUCAGUAGCGCUACAAAACCAGAAAGCAGAGAUCAAGGGGUAGAUGGUGGUCUGAAUAGCAGUCGCCUCUCUCAAAAUGCUUGACAAAUGCCAACAUUAGGUUUUGCAUUGGGGUUGGCUUCUACAUGUGGGGACGUGGUAUUUUGAUGGAAAAAGGCAUAGGAUUAAAAUGUUUGAAAUGGAUGGGAUGAGCUUGUGCUGGGCUUCCAGAUGCUUGUGUCUAUGUCCUCUGAAGAAGAGAUACAAUGGCCAUGUGAGAAACUACUUAAAACAAGUUUAACAAAGAAUGUUCUCCAAACAGAGUAGACUUCGGGUACCUAAAACAGAAGGCAAAACAGUGACUUCACCAGGGAAACAGCAUCCACUUAAAACAGAGCAUUACAACAGGCAUGAGCGCUUCUAAAUAUAGAGCUGGAUGUUUCCUGCCAGACUGAGCUUUUACCUUUUUAUUUUUCUCUAUCUAAAUUAGUCACUCUUCCUCCAGGGCUCCAGGGAAGGAUUAGCAUGAAGAUAUUUGCUGAUAGACGUGAAAUAUUUUGACAGGUUGGGUUUAAGAAGAGCUGGUGGAAGAGGAAAGGCAGUUGGUGGCAGAAGAAGGUCAGGUGCAUCCAAGCACCAUCACCCACCCCCAUGUCCAAAAACGUGAUGUCAAACUCUUGACAUUUGCAUGAGCUGAGGCAUGCAUGAAGAGACAGAUCUGCUGCUAAAAAUCCUUGCUGCUUCUCAGCAACUUCAGGGUGAACAAACCAUGGUGGUCACCAGAGGAGAUGGGAUGUGGGCAUUAGAAAAAGGACUUGGCCAUUCCCAGUGGUUUGCCAGGCUUUUUCCAGUGGGAUAUUGGCUCCUUUUCUUCCUAGGAUGAGCAGGAGGGAGAAGAGCUGGGUCGUGCUCUUCCCCCUCCCACUCCCCUGAUUUCACUGAAGUGGAUUUAAAACCUUGUUUCACUUCAGAGGAGGGACAAGACUGAAAAACUAAUGGGCAAAACUGUGAUUUCUUUGUACAUGUUACGAGGACAUUGCCUUGGGUGUGUUGUGAGGCAGACAUUUUGGUUUACAUUCCUCCACUUCUGCUUUCUGUACGGACCAAAGUAAUGAGCGGAAAAUGACAAACCACAGAUGUAUGUAAAAAGGGAAUUAAAAUAAAAAGAAGCCUUUAUUGAUUCUCAUGAAAA